AUGUGGCGAGGACAGCAAGGUGAGACAGCAAAGGGGCCGCUGAAGGGAACACAAUGGGAAGACACGACUUGGUCUGAUCAGUGGGCGGAGCAACACUCUGGCAGCAGCAGUGCAGCACGAGUGUGCGAUCGGACUGGUGAGGCAGGGAUUGCGAUUCUUUGUGAGGAGAGGCCAGCUGGUGACGAGCUCAUCAUUGUUCUCUUGAAGUACAGCCGAAGCAGCUCCGAUUGGAAUUCAAGACAGAAGAUGAAGACCACAUAUGCUAGAGCUGCAGCGUAUAGGAUAGAAAAGCACUCCCCCCACACCCCUCUUCCCCUGUCCCUUUCCCAACCCCUUCCCCUUCUCCCUGGGUUGGUCCUCUGCGUGCCUCCCCCUGCAACCCACCUCCUUGUGCGACCCACCUCCCCAUGGGACCCGCCCACCUCACCCACCCCCUGCGUAGGGCAGGCACAGAGCUAA